AUGAAUGAUUUUAAAAUCGAAUAUUUACCAAAUGCUACAAAAAUAAAGAAAGAAAAUGGAUUGUACAAAUGUUAUGCAUAUGAAGAUGGAUGUAUUGACCCAAAUAAAGGUGGAUUAAUAAAUAUUGGGUUUAAACUGCAAGUAACUAAAGAUUAUUUUAUACAUGUUUUUAGUCCUGUAUUUAAAGCUUUAGGAGGUGUAGGAGAUAGUGAUUACAGGGGUGUAUACAGUGUUAUUGUAUUUAAUGAUACCAAAUCUGUUAUAUCAUACAAAAAAGGAGAUUAUGUAGGGAAUUUUGCUAUUAUUAAAACACUAACACCUGUGAUAGCAGACAAUUAA